UUGGCUAAAGGUCAUCAAAACGACGUCGUUUCAUUCAACAUUUUCCUUUUCUGCAUCUUCUUCACUGUUUCACGUUUCUCCGUUAUGUCUUGAACCUGUUUGUCUUGGUGCUCUUUCAACUGUCCACUCUAGUUCUUCACGCCACUCGAAAAGACCUAGAGAAUCUCAAGAUCUUGGUUUCAAACAGCUGAAAAACAUUAGUCUUAAAGAAAAAAGUGAUCUCCGGUAAUGUCUACUGGGCCCCCCGGAGUGCCGUUGGGUCCGCCGUUGCCGUUUCCUCCGGCGGAUAAUGCAACUACUCCAACAUCUCCGGUGAACCCAAGUACUACUCCUCCGUCUCCAGAUGUUGCUAGUCAGCCGUCUCCGGCGACCUUGGUAAAUCCGCCGCCCUCAUCGAUUAAUGGAAGCUCUCCAACGAGUGCUCCGUCGAAGGGGUCGGUGAAUAAUACUACUUUAGUAGCACUUGGAGUUGGAAUUGGGAUUGGAGGAGCACUUGUGCUUAUAUGCGUGUGCAUUUUUGCCCUUUGGUAUAAGAGGAGAAAAAGGCGUCUUGGGUUAAAUGGUUUUGGUCAUGAUCCAUCUUCACAAGGUCCUAAAGAUAAUUUGUUUGGUGGUCAACAUCAUCACUGGCAACAAAAUGCUCCUCCCUCAGCAGAAAACAUGGUGAGGAUUCCAAUAAAUCCCUCCCCUCCACCAUCCAUUACAUCAGUUUCACAAGUAUCUGCAGCAGAUGGAUGUACUCCUCCACUGCCACCUUCCACUGGCAGUAACUUCAGCACUGACAAACCUUUUCAACAAACAAAUCCUGAUUCCAACUUGAGUUUCUCGAGAACUACAUUCACCUAUCAAGAAUUAGCAUUUGCUACUGAUAAUUUCUCUGUCGCCAACCUCCUUGGUCAAGGUGGUUUUGGAUAUGUAUACAAGGGAGUAUUCCGUGAUGGGAAGGAGGUUGCAAUUAAGCAACUAAAAGCUGGAAGUGGGCAGGGGGAGCGUGAAUUUCAAGCAGAGGUGGAGAUUAUUAGUCACGUUCAUCACAAGCAUCUUGUUUCAUUGGUUGGACACUGCAUUUCAGGGGUGCAACGAUUGUUAGUUUAUGAAUUUGUCCCAAACAAAACCUUGGAGUUCCACUUGCAUGGAGAUAUAACUGCAGGCAAGGAGCAUCCCCCACUAAGCUGGGAAACUAGGAUGAGAGUUACUUUAUGCUCUGCGAGAGGAUUGGCAUAUCUGCACGAAGAAUGUCAUCCCAAGAUCAUACAUCGCGAUAUCAAGGCGUCCAAUAUUCUUCUUGAUGACAAUUUUGAUGCAAAGGUUGCUGAUUUUGGGCUUGCGAGGUUGAAUUAUGACUCUGAUACUCACGUCUCCACACGAGUAAUGGGAACUUUUGGGUACUUAGCUCCUGAGUAUGCUCUUACUGGGAAGCUGACUGAAAAGUCUGAUGUCUUCUCUUUUGGAGUCAUGCUUUUGGAGAUUAUAACUGGUAGACGACCAAUUGAUAAAGCUCAACACUACCUUGACGAUAACAUUGUUGAUUGGGCGAGGCCUUUGCUUACUCAGGCUCUGGAUGAUGGCAACUUUGAUACUCUGGCUGAUCCAAGAUUGGACAAGAAUUAUGACUUGACUGAAAUGACCAGAAUGGUCACUUGUGCUGCUGUGUGUGUGCGCCAUCUAGCACGUCGCAGGCCUCGUAUGAGUCAGAUUGUCAGAGCUUUAGAAGGAAAUUUGCCGUUGGAUGAGUUAAAUGAUGGACUUAGACCUGGACAUAGUGGUAUACAUGAAUCUUAUGGGAGCUCGGAUUUCGAUGCUGUUCAGUACAAAGAAGACCUUAAGAAAUUUAGAAAGAUGGCACUGGAAAGCCAGACACAUAAUUCUAGUGAAUGCAGUGGGCCUACCAGCGAAUUUGGCCCCCAUCCUUCCGGUUCAAGUAGUGAAGGCCUAAGAACAACUCAAGGUACACGCUCUAGUAUUGAAGGUCAUCGAGAAAUUAGAAUAGACUAGAAGGCAGUUAGGAAGCAGAAAAGAGUGAUUUUUUCAAAUGAAAGGGAGCAAUGUAAUGAACUCUUGUGUGUUUAGAGAAUUGUUAAAUUUGGCAUACCUUUCAUAUGCCACUCAUCUUUGUAAUUAUCAAUUGAUCUAGGUGCUGUUGCAGAUUUUGUAGUGUUCCCAUAUCUAGUUCCUCAAAAGUUACAUGUAAAGAAAGGAUUAUCAAAAACAUUGUAUGAA